GGAGACUAAAUCACAAGCCUAAGCCACCCGCAGAACUUAUCCAGCGACGCGAGGCGAGGAAAAGGAGGAAUGUGACGACGAUGGAAGCCUUCAAAUGAUGCUUGUAUUAUGAGUGCACGGCGACAGCCAGCAGAAGAAGACCGUGUCCAGGCAGGGGAUGUGAAUCCCACGUACACUAUGGACGAAGCGGCCACAAUACAGUCCAGGCCUGCACAAAUGGCUCAAAACACUUGCGCAUCUUUGACCAGAAGAUGGAAUAUGCAGAGCGGGAGGGAACAAAAGCGGGGAGAGGGAGGACGAGAGGUAGGGAAGAGAGGACGCGCUGCCCGCACCUUCCACGAAAAACGGGCGACUCGGCCCCACGUCUCGUGGCGGCGCGCGGAGGACAUCGGGCGAGGGAGGGUCCCGCAAGACGGAGGAGGAGGACGAGGAGGAGGAGGAGGAGGAGGAGGAAGACGACAGAACGUCGCCAGCGUUGUCGACCUAGGCCCUGCCCCCCCGUCCGCGCGCCGCCGAGAAUCUGAUCAUCGGCCUUCGCGCCGUGCUCGAAUGCCGCGGGGAGCCCGGGGGACGGCCCAACUCCGCUCCGUCGCAUAAAAAGUUAAAUCGGCCCAGGGGUGGCCGUCGAAGUGGGAGAAGAAGAGGAGGAGAGAGGAGGCGGACGGAGGAGGAGGAGGCGGACGGAGGCGCCAGGGCACCCGACCUUGAAAUCGUCGGCAGCGCAACUGUCAGCUGGCACCGUUGCCUCGCUAGCAGCAGCGGACGCGGCCCGUCACCGCACGUGCCAGCGCACGUGUAGAAAGAGGAGAAAAAGCCAGAGGAGAAGGGAGAGGAGGAGGAAGAUAGGAGAAGGGGACUUUGGGGAAGAGGAGGGGGCUUGGCGGGACGAGCAGCACCCUGAGCAGCACCAGCAGGAAGGGCAACGGCAAACGGCGGCCGCGCUAGACCGACGCCGACAGCGCGCGCGCGCCGGCGGCGACGACGGCCGCGACGACGGCCGAGGCCCCAUCACCGCACGCGGGCGGUCUCGGGAAUCGGUGGCCGCGGCAGCGGGGGCAGCAGCUUCCGCAGCUCCCCCGGGCGCCCCGCCAGCGCCUUGCCGAGCGCCAGCGGGUCCUGCA